ACACAUAUUACAGCAUGAACUUCACACUUGGAGGGAAACAGAAUGAGGAUGCUCAUCUCCAACCUUCACCACAAUGACAGUUGAUGAGCUACUGACAACUGGCCUUGUUCAUUCGCUUCUGCUGACUUCCUGAUACAUGGCAGUGAUACCAACUUCCCCUGAGAAAUUCCCUGUGAGAACUACAUGACUUGUAACCUUACUUUUCAGAUAACCCUUGUAUGCACAUUUCGCCUAACUACCUAUGGCCCAAACAAGCACUUGAGAUUUCAGUCUUUCUGGUUCGCUCUUGCACCACUGCAAAGGGGAAGUCCAUCGGUGAGAUGCAUCACAGUUGCCAGGAAAAGAACACACCUUGAAUCCCAAAGUUAUAUUUGAAUUAAGAAAAGUAGCCUGCCAAAGGGCACACCCAGGUGCCUGACACACUUGAGAUGCAAAUUCCCCAAAUGUGAUGAGUAACUAUAAAACAUUGUGGAAGUUCAAGAACAGAAGAGAGACGUAAGAAUCCAGAGUCCAAGGCACAUUGGCAAAGGAUAUAAUAUAACUCAAACAACCUCACAAGAUGUCUUGGGACCAGGAAGUGGCUGCUUUAUUUUCUGACACGAGGCCAGAGUCAGAUCCAGAGGAUUAUGUACUCCAAACUGCCAGCGUAAGGAUACCCUGGUUGUUCAGGAUUUGGGAUAUUAGCCAAAAGUUCCUUUUCCUGAUGGGCAACAUGCUACUAGCAAAAUCUCAAAAUGCUAAUAUGCCAGAUCACUUAAUAUCUGUGCUCCCUAAUACUGUCCUUGAUCCCAAAAAGCAGCCCAUCUUUAUGGGGCUGAGUGAUAAAAACCACUGUUUCUCCUGUGUGAAGUCUGGCGAAGGUCAACCACAGCUACAGAUAGUGGAACGAAGCAUUCUGCAACUUCACAGAGAGAAAAAGGAACUGAAGGCCUUUAGUUUCUACAGCAAGACCGACGGAAGCCCAGAGACUUGCUCUUUUGAAUCUGCAGAAUUCCCCAAUUGGUUCAUAAGCACUUCUUCAGAGCCAAACAGACCUAUUGGAUUGAGUCCAAAAGGAGGCACUGAAAAUACCCUGUUUUUUUUCGAACGAAAGGAUAACUACUUUGUGAUGCGGUAGACUCAUGAUUUUGAAGGAGAGUAGAAAGGAGAGUCAUCACCGUCUUUAGAUCUGACAUAAUUGUGAUUUCGACUUGGUGUUGAUUUUUUAGCCAAUUAUGAAGAAUGCUGUGGAAGAUAUUGCUCAGCAACAUAGGUAAAAAGGUGAAGGUUUUCCUCUGACAUUAAGUCCAGUCUUUUAAGUCCGACUCUGGGGGUUGGUGCUCAUCUCCAUUUUUGAGCCGAAAAGCCAGCGUUUGAGUCGCUUCCGAUUCUUUGUGACCACCAUUGUCCAUAGACA